GCUAAGUGGAGUGUAUGCAGCUGCUCGGGAAAAAGCCUGGUGGAGUUUGGACUGCGAGCAGCCGGCAAACUCCUGCUCCUGUGUGGCUCCUGCAACCUGUUGCCCCCCUGUCUGAAACUUUUUACCGUUCGCCCCGGUGACGCGAGGUAAUGGACUAUUAAAGAGACUUUUAACAGGCCCUCCACAGCAACUUAAAAGCGAGCAGUCUAAAGCACCGCCGCCCUCAGACCAGCCACAGCCUCAACAGAAGCAGCGACCAUGGGCAAACAGAACAGCAAGCUCCGUCCCGACGUCAUGCAGGACCUGGUGGAGAACACGGACUUCACCGAGCAUGAGAUCACCGAGUGGUACAAGGGCUUCUUGCGGGACUGCCCCAGCGGUGCGCUCUCCAUGGAGGAGUUCAAGAAGAUCUACGCCAACUUCUUCCCUUACGGAGACGCCUCCAAGUUUGCCGAACAUGUCUUCCGCACAUUUGACGCCAAUGGAGACGGGACUAUAGACUUCAGGGAGUUCAUCAUUGCCCUGAGCGUGACCUCACGUGGUCGACUGGACCAGAAGCUGAAGUGGGCCUUCAGUAUGUACGACCUGGAUGGAAACGGAUACAUUAGCAAGGCAGAGAUGCUAGAGAUUGUAACGGCCAUUUACAAGAUGGUUUCCUCUGUGAUGAAGAUGCCUGAGGAUGAGUCCACACCUGAGAAACGCACAGACAAGAUCUUCAGGCAGAUGGACACAAAUCGAGAUGGUAAACUGUCUCUUGAGGAGUUUGUUGAGGGGGCGAAGAGCGAUCCCUCCAUUGUGCGACUGCUUCAGUGUGAUCCCAGCAGUGCUGGGCAGUAGAAAACUGGACUUUUCCCAUUGCAUUUUGAUUAAUUUAACACUUUUUCAAAAUCUGGCCCAGCUGACCCACCUGAAAUUACUGACAUAUGAGCUGUAGAGGCACAUGCACACACACACACACAGAUACACAGACAGACAACAUGCAACUGUAUAUACUACAAAUACCAAAGCCUGAUGCUUAUAGAAUCUGUCCCACACUCACAUGCACGUACUGUACUUGUGCCUCUAUGCCUGGUCAAAAGCUACAGACAACGUGGGUCUCAUAUAAGGUACAAAUAUAACUCGAGGGGCUGAAAUCCCAUCAAGGACUUAUUAAACACUGAAUCAAAGCUGUGCUAUCUCUGUCUGAGAGGACGGCCAGCAAGGAUAAUCCAACCAAAUCAUGAGGUACGCUGAGCUGAAUCCAAGUUCGCCGUUUCUUUUUAUUUCUUUAAUUUGUUAUUUUUGAAAGCAUUAUUCCCGAUUGAAAGGAAAUCAUGCUCAUUUUGUUCUCUGUCACUGACUCGGGUUGUUGUGUGACAACGGACAGAUCUUUAUAAAGUAUUACAAUCUAACUCCGUGUUAACACUGGAUGAAAUGAAGUUUGUGAGUCUGGGACUACAAGUGUUCACAGCUUACAGUAUGGCUAUGUAGACAGGAGAUCUGGGGAAAUGUAGAUUUUAACCAUAGAAGAAUUUUUAGAAGGGAUGAACGGCUUCUUUUUAAUGUAUAUUUUGGAGGAAUGUUACAUCAAACCAAAACUGACUCAGAUUUCUAAAUGAAGGGGAAUAUUUUGACUACAGAUCACACCAUCUGUUCUUUGAAAGUGACUUUAUGCCAAGUUUUGUUUCCACAAGCACACACAAACACAAACACACACUUUGCAUAAACACAUUUUCACACUUCACUGAUGAAUACAUGAACUUGACAUAUGCAUAUAAACCGAGCUGUGAUUCGCUUUCUUCGACUAUGUUUCAACAAGUGUAUAAGCAAAAACAAAAAAGUUAGAUGUUAUAUGAAUAUAUAGUAUGUACUUAUAUAUUCUUUUACUCUGUGAUAACAUUGUGGCGAUUUGCUGCAGUGGAAGAGAUUCACUUUAAAAAAUUUUGACGUAUAAAUUAUUGGAAUGUGAUGAUUAACGUUUUAUUUUCUUUUACUUGACGAAUAUGAUAUGAAAGAAAGUUGUACAGUAUAUUCACUCAUAUUUAUGCUAGAGAUGUUAAAAAAAAAAGGAGAGGACCACACAUAUUGCUAUGCAUUCAGCUUUGAACAUCAUCUGCUACCUUUAGUUUAUCAUCCCCCCUCCACCCGCUGACUUUAUUUCCCAGGAAGUCAGACUGCCAACGUUGGCAGUCAUUAAAUCUUUCAUAUACUGUGCAUUAACAGUGUGUAAACAGUCACAUGAUAUACUUACAUUGCAGUGGUGAUGACUGAAAAUCUCAUGUUUUUGUGCAGAUGUGACAUCUUGUCUUCUGAAUGUGCACUUUUUUUUCCUCGUCUGCACCAAAUUUGAAAUACAGCACAACUGUAACUGUAAGACAAAUUGAGUGCUGGUGUGAUGAUGGAGAUAAGAGAUGAAUUAACUACUAUGACACACAGUAACAGACACUUAACUGAAAGAACAAAGCACUGACGUUGGGAGCAAGUAACAGCCACAUCCACCAAACUUCACUGUCUGUUUCCAGGAUUUACAGAUGGCUCUGUUCUGGUUCCACCCUGUGUAAUCUACACCUGCUUGUCCCUGCUGCUCUGAAAACAACAUGAGAUACAGAAAUUUUCACAGGUGACUGAAAAAGGACCUUGGGGUGGAAAAAAAAAAAAAGAGUUGUGAUAAAUCCUGUGGGCUUCUGCACAUUUCAGG